GUCCAUUUUCUAUUGUACAAUUGUUGCUCACAAAUUCUAGUAAAGAUAACUGCUAGACUACUUGUAUAUAAAAUAUUCUAUUAUUAAAAGCUGAUAAAAAAGAGCAAGAAAAUGCAAUUUUAAAUCCAGCUUUUAAUAAGUGCAUCAAAAAAUAUUAUUAGAAUUAUACAAAUAGUGCUAAGUAGUUAUAGUUUUGAUUGUACUUUCCAUGUUUGAAAAUAUAUAUUAACAAUGGAAUUAACUCAUAAUUAUAUCGUAGAUAAAAUUUGUAUUUAAACUCAAACAAAUUUUUGUCUGAAACAAAUAUAAUACGUUACUCUGCAUAUUAAUUACUAAGCAAUAAAAAACUAGUUAUUCUACAUUCUAAGAAUAAACCUGUAAUAAAAAUUAAGAAGGAUUCUUAAUAAGUCUAGACACAAUCAGAAGAAAUAGGGAUUAUCCUUUUAUUCCUUUCAAAUAAAAACUCCAUUAUAGCCAUAAGUGCGAUAAUAGCUCGGGUGGUAGGAUAGCGGAUUACGACACUGAGGACCUGGGGUCUAAUCUUGACACAUCUACACCCCAGCAGACGUAUUUAUGUGUAUCCAGAUGCGACAGCCUGGUAUACAAAGUAAUAUUUCGAUAAGUAUCAGUAGUGGGAUCAAUGAAAAAUGUAUAGGAUAAGUAUUACUUUAGUUAUGCGUAGGUAUUAGAAGUCGAAACUUUAAUGAUUUUCUCUUAAUUAUGGUUUUCUUGAUUUUAGGUUCGGUGCCGUAAGAUUCCAAGUGAAUGGAUGGACCAAAUAAGCUCAAACUCAAAUAUGUACAUUGGUUAUGAUAUGGAUGGAGGGAUUUAAAUGUUGAAAGAAAGUUACAUAAAAAAUCUGUUAAAUUUAUAAAAAGUUAAUUUAAAAAAUCAGUAAAAUGCUUAUAAAUUUUUUUUUUUACUUAUUUAAAACUAAAUGUCUUUAUUCAUAUCAUAACAAAUGUACCUUAUACAACAUCUUCGAUUUUGAGCUUAUUUAGUCUAUCCGUUGAUUUGGAAUCUUACGGUUAGUGAGCUAUGGAUUCGAAGAGAGGUUCUAUACCGGUGAAAAUAUUAUAGAAAAAUAUUUUAGCACAAGUAUCAAUUCAUCAGGAAAAUUGCAGGCAAAAGUUACGUUACUGUAUACAAAGAAAUAAUAUAAUUUUGCGAUAACGUAUGCAUAGAAAAUUAUUAAAAAAUGGGUGACGAAUAUAAAAUGAAUAUUCAGCUUGGUGACGAAGCAAUAUGCUCAUCAACAUUACGUCGUUUUAUACAUGCUAUGAAUAAUAGAAACAAUGAGGAGAUGAAAAUUGUAAACGACAAUGAACAGCUUCUACUAGGCAGGAGUCCGGAUCUUGAACAAGAACCUGUAGAAAUAGUGCAGAUUGUUGAUCAGGAAAAAUUUUCAGAAAACGUAGAACCUAUGCAUAUUGAUUUUUAAAACAAAAACAUAAUCGCAGUUCCGGGGAAUGCGAGCAUACAUGCAGAGGGUUCUGUGGAUGUACAGGUUAGAAAUAUGAGUGACACUCAAUCUGAUUUGGACAAUGACAUUAUUUUAAAUUAUGUGAGAAAUUUCUUAAUAGACGAGCAUGGAGAAUAUAUACUACCAUCUAACAAACUUGCAAAUUUAAAAGAGUUUAUAGAGAGUGAUAUAUUUCUGGAAAAAGUUAAUUCUCGCAUAGAUAGGACUGUAGGAGAAUUGUUCUUUAUGGUUCUCAAUUAUAGCAUUGAAAAUGCUUUAUCUGUGCAAGACUCUGUAGCUCGAGCGCCAGUAAAAUUAGGUAUCAAACAAUUCAAUGGAAAAUUUGGAUGUAGUUGGUGUGAACAUCCUGGCGUAUGGGCUUUUGGUAGUAUGAGAUACCCUAUCCUGGAGCAGAUUCCAAGGCCACGAGAACAUCAAAGUAUGUUAAUGCAUAUGCUUCAAGUUGAACCUGGAGAAACAAUACUUGGAAUUUUGUACCCAUCACCUUUUAUUAAUUUAUUGAAAUUGAAUAUUGUUUAUGGAUUUGUGCCUGAUUACAUGCACUGUGUUUUAGAAGGAGUAGCUAAACAACUCACAGAUCAUUAUUCAUCUUCCAUGACAGAAAUAGAAAUAAAGGUCUUAGAUGAAAUACUAAAAUAUGUCAAAUAUCCUUGUCAAGUGUCGCGUUUAACUCGUCCCGUUAGUGUGAGAAAUGAUUGGAGUGCUCGAGAAUGGGAAAAUUUCAUUUUAUUCAGCAGUGUUCCAGUUUUCAGUACAAUAUUGAGCAACAAAUUAUUAAACCACUGGAUGCUUCUCGUUGAAAGUUUGUAUAUAUUAUUAAAUGAUAAUAUUACUGUCAUUGAGCUCGAUCGUGCUGACAAGAUGUUGUAAAGUUUGUUUCUCAGAUGGAAACAUUUUUCGGAAUCAAAAUGAUGACCUUUAAUGUACAUCAAUUAUUACAUUUAAAUAAAAGUGUUCUUGAUUGGGGGCCUUUAUGGGCACAUUCGACGUUUCCAUUUGAGUCAGAAAAUCGAAAUUUAUUAAGAGCCAUUCGAUGUGCUAGAGGAGCGACGCAGCAGAUUGUUCGUUUUGUCAACCUCAAUCAUAGUAUGAUUACUUUACGAGAAUUGGUCUAUCCUAAGAUGGAUAACUUUGUAAAAUGAUAUUGUGAUUAUACUCUAACUGCUUUAAAACUAACAAAUACAACAUAUUUUGGGGAAGGAGAAAAUGUUAAUAAAGAUGAAGAAUUUCUACAGAUAUUGCAGCUGUCUCCAAUCCGUACAAAAAUAUAUAAGAAAGCAGUAAAAGGAGGUUGUUUAUACGGGACGCACUUACAAGAAAAUGAGAGAUCCGAUAAUUCAUUUGCUCUUCUCAAUGAUGGAAAAUUUAUAAGGCUCGAGAAGUUCAUUGUAGAUGAUACUAAUAUUAAGUAGAUCAUACUAUUAUUAAAAAUUAUUAAGAAUUUUGCCAAAUAGUAAUAUGAUUGCAACUAGUAAUAUCAAUAGAAUUUGUGAUAUCAUAAAGUUAUAUGAUACGGAGUACUUAUGUUCAGUACCAAAUUUGUUAAAGUAUUGGGUGGUACUCCACUGAAGUCCCUACUGAAAAAUAUCGCGCGAUUUAUUACGCGCUUAUUUGCGCGAUUAGUCGCGCGACUGAUCACGCGUAAUAAUGAAACUUUUUUUUGCACGAUUAGUCGCGGGACUAAUCGCGCGAUAUCCGGAAAAAUUCUGUAAUUUUUUUUUAUGUUAUAAAUUGUUAAAUUCUAAUCUGCUUAUCAUUGAAAACAUGUGUAUAAAUUAACAUAAGGGCCAAAUAGUGCGGGGCGACAUAUAGGUAGCCGUAGGAAUUUCAUGUCCAUAUGGGUGUUUUGCGCUAAAUGUGGCAGGUAUAGUUAUUAACAAUAAAAUUGUUAUUAUUCUACGGCCACUUAUAUGUCGUCCCCGGAUCAAAAUCAUCUAAUAUAAAUUUGAAAAAAAAAAAAUAAAUCCAGUAAAUUUUGAAAAAUGUUUGUUUAUUUGUAAAGUAUUUAGAACAUCAAUAAAUUUAAAUAAAUAAUUAAACUUAUUAUUUAGAUUUUUGGUUUCGCAAUUAAUGAUAACUCAUAAAAAUAAAAUUAAUAACAAUGUUUUUACAGUUUGAUUUCAACUUCUAAGUAUCACUAUCUUUGGUUAUAUACAUUUAGUUAUUACAUUUAAUAACCAUAGACAGUCUUAAUCUUUUUCUUUUUUGUUUUUAAGUAACCACAAAAUAAAAUGAAGUAUUUAAUCUCUCUUUUUUUUUAAAUAUAAAUAAUAUUUUUUGUAUAUAAUGUGCAUAUAUAAGUAUUAAAAAAUUUUACUUAAGUAUGUAACAAUAUUUGGUCCUAAUAAUUAUAAAUGUUAUCAAACAAUACUUUUUAUAUCUGAUCGAAGCCAUUAAAGGAAAUACCGGGUAUACAAUAACAUCAAAAAUAGAUUAUAUGUGUAUGUUAAUUGUUAUUUUACUUUUAAAACUUUAUGUUAAUUUUAAUUGAAUCCUUAAUAAUAUAUACCAUAGCCAUGUAAUCUAUAAUUAUCCGCACAGCAUUUCUAUAAAAUACAUUUGCAAUACCAAUUGCAAAUUUAGCAUACAAAAUACGACUUUAAGACGUACCAAAUACAUAUUUUUUUCAACAAAUUACAUUUGUUACAUUAUUAAAAAUAUGUUAGUCAAUGUAUUAUUACAUCCAGAGUAGGAUGAAAUAAAAUGAUCAGUAA